AUGCCCAUCGAACGAACCGACCGCAAUAACCCACGGCCGCUGAAGCCGACGCUCGCUAGUACCCGACCUGCUCCUGCGAAGACGCCCUUGACCCCGAGGCUGGCCGUUGCCUCGUCCGCCUCGUCCACCGUCAGCUCCUCGAGUACACGCACUGCCCGUACCAGCACCGGUGCUCCCACAAGGCCUCAUGUCGCCGCCUCUGCUGUCGACAGCGGCACGUCCGCCAAGGCCUUCCUCACCACCAGUGUCACGCCGCGCACCUCGUCACGCAAGUCGCGCGGCGGCGUAGACAGCGCUUCCACGACGCCCAAUGCUACCCCGACAAACUCACGCCCGAGCUCUACCGUCGACUUUCCCCACCGCGACCACCACAGCACCAUCAGCAGCAGCCACAGCGCCGUUGGAAGGAGCAGCGGAGGUACUGCACGCCCACGCAGUACCCCUGGACCGACCAGCCAUGCCGCGCCCACGCCCCGGGCCCCCGUAGCCAGCAUGUACAACUACGCGCCAUCCGAUACUGGAUCCAGAAGAGAUACUUCCUCCUUAUUCUUCCACGCCAAUGACGCCCGCCCGCACGACCAACCCGCGCCUGGCCCAGCACCCGUCAAGAAGACGCCCACCUUCUUUUAUGCCGAUGGCCGACAAGAUGAGAGUCCGUCUCACAACGUCCCGUCUCCACCUUUAUCUUCCCUGGGGAGAGCCCCCUCAGAAUCCAAGUUCUUCCACGCAGACUCCAUAGCUGAGUCGAGAGACCGCCCGCCCAUCCUCACCCCGCCACCCAUUGCUACAUCGCCCGAGCCACUACCGCCACUUGCAGCCCCCCAUGGACCCUCUCUCCGGCCGCCCUCGCCCACCAAGGACUGGGCACAUCUCUCGUACCGAAAAGGAGCCUCGCAGGUCAGACCAGCGUUGAGCAGAGGAACCUCGGCGAGCACAAGCAGUACCCCCAUGGCCAUUUUCGGUGGAUCAAACACCUCAGACGCUUCCGAUGUGAACAGACGCAGAUCAAGCACAGCUUCGAUGAUCAAACGAGGGCACGCCAAAAGCUCCAGUCUCUCCUCCAUUGACUCAGUGACCAGUCUGAGGAAGGCAUCAGCCCAUGAGGCCCCGGCCAUGACUCCAAGCCCACUGCAUACCGAAAAGAGUGCCGCCGACAAUGCAUCCCCGCCUGACAACCCCGCUUCAGCCUCUCCGCGCUACACCGCCUUCUCCCCGCUUAAUUCUCCCAAAUCAGAAAGUCCGACAAGAGGUAACGACACCAAGAGUGCGCUGGAGGUGAUGAACGAGCUUGCGGCAAAUGCAAGAAGGGAACGAAAAGUGCUGGAUCUUGAAAUCAGCAACUCGUCGCUUCUUGCCAUCAACAGGUCGUUGGAGAAAGAGGUGCGCAAGCAAAAGGCCGAGAUCAGGCGCUUCCGCCGCAUGAGUCGAGCUGGACACUUUUCUGCAGACGCCAUUGGCUCGCAUGACGAGGCCUCUGCCAUUGGUGCUAGUAGUCUAGGAGAUCUUUCGGAUAUGUCCGAAGAGGAAGGGAUGCCUGAAGAUGAGGAGGAAGAAGAGGAGGAGGAACCUGAGAGCAGCGAUUCUUCACUCGAUGAUAGUGCAUUGAGCCCUAGUGCUCAACUAGAGCGGGACGAAGCGCAUCGUUCGCGAGAUCAGAAGCGCCUCCAGCUUGACCUCUCAAAGCACCGUGAGAUGCUAAACGACAGCCAAAAGAUGAACCAGAGCUUGAGAAAGUGCUUGGGAUGGACAGAGCAGCUAAUCAAAGACGGCCAGAAGGCGCUGGAGUACAAAGUCAACGUUAGCGAUGUCAAGCUAGGCGGCCGCGUACUCAUUUCAGAAGAUGACAACGAAGUUACUGACGCUGAGGAAUCCAGGGGUCUUCUGAGUCCUUGGAAUCCGCUGCAAAACACCAUGGACGCGUUAGACUCACCAUUCUUCCCAGAAACCAACCGCAUGGUUGAUCGUGACAGCGGGGUGCAUUUUGACGGAUCAGACCAUAUCCGGCGGAGCAACAAAGAUUCCACAGCAACGUCUUCUACCGUGGACAGCCAAGGCAAAUCUACCAGCCCCGCCAAAGAAUUUCGUCCCAAGCUCCCUGGCCAGUGGGUAUCAUAUCGAGACUCAAGCCUGAAGCCUCAAGAUGAUCUCGCACCACUCGGCUCUCCCUUCGAGGAGCGCAUCAGGCAUCUCCACGCCUCCAUCGAUGCUUUGGAAGCAUCGUAA